GAAGUUUACAAAGCAAGUGGAAAACAAUAAGUUCCCGUAGGCUUUUGAUUAUAUAUAGCAUAUUUCUUUCGUAAACUAUUCAACUAAUUAAAUGCUUCUGCCCACAUCUGUUGACCAUCUUACUUGAAAGGAACUAUGUCGUGUGGUCGAUGUUUCUUUACGCUCUGUACAGUGACGGACGCUAACUCCUCAAUAUCAACAUGCGCCAUUGGAAUCUAACGUAGACCAUUCGGUGGGUGGCGCCUUCUCUCAUUUUGUUUUUGCUAGAUAGGUAAAAGCCUUUUCUUGUCUGUAGUAAGCGUCCAGUACAUUUUGAAACAAUGGAAACGAUUUUAGAGCAACUGCGUCGUUAUCACGAAGAGAAAGAAAGGCUAAUGGAUGCUAAAACAAAAGAAAUGUUACACAAGAAGUCCACGCUACGGGAACAGAUUAACUCUGACCAUCGAACAAGAGCAAUGUUGGAUAGGUAUAUGGAUGUGAGUGCUAAUCUCAGAGACUCCUAUGAAGACAAAGAUGGAAUGAGGAGGGAUGAACUUAGUGCCAUUUCGGGACCAAAUGAGUUUGCAGAGUUCUACAACAGACUGAAGCAAAUAAAGGAGUUUCACAGAAAGCACCCCAAUGAGAUUUCCAUUCCCAUGUCUGCAGAGUUUGAGGAGCUGAUGAAGGCCAGAGACAACCCCAGCGAGGAGGCUCAGAACCUGGUGGAGUUCACUGAUGAGGAAGGAUACGGCCGGUACCUGGAUCUCCAUGACUGCUACCUGAAGUACAUCAACUUGAAGGGAGUUGAGAAACCCGAGUACAUCACUUACCUGUCUUCAUUCGACCAGCUGUUUGACAUCCCCAAGGACAGGAAAAAUGCUGAAUACAAAAAGUAUUUGGAGAUGCUUCUGGAGUACCUGCAGGACUACACAGACAGGGUCAAACCUCUGCUGGACCAGAACGAGCUGUACGGCAAAGUGCUGUCAGACUUUGAGAAAAAGUGGGAGAACGGGACCUUUCCAGGCUGGCCUAAAGAGACGAGCAGUGCUCUGACCCAUGCUGGAGCUCACCUGGACCUUUCUGCUUUCUCUUCUUGGGAGGAGUUGGCCUCUUUGGGUCUGGACAGACUUAAGUCUGCUCUGAUGGCAUUGGGACUGAAGUGUGGCGGGACUCUGGAGGAGAGAGCUCAAAGACUCUUCAGCACUAAAGGCAAAUCCCUGGAAUCACUGGACCCUUCACUGUUUGCCAAGAAUCUUAAAGUCAAAGGCCCUAAAAAAGAUGUAGAACGUAACAAAGAAAUUGCCUUCCUGGAAGCUCAAGUCUAUGAAUAUGUGGAGAUCCUUGGGGAGCAGAGGCAGCUGACUCAUGAGAAUGUGCAGAGGAAGCAGGCAAGGACCGGAGAGGAGCGUGAGGAAGAGGAGGAGGAGCAGCUCAGCGAGAGCGAGAGUGAAGAUGAAGACAACGAGAUCAUCUACAACCCCAAGAACCUGCCGCUGGGCUGGGACGGCAAGCCAAUUCCAUACUGGCUCUAUAAACUCCACGGACUGAACAUCAACUACAACUGUGAGAUCUGUGGGAACUACACUUACAGGGGACCCAAGGCCUUCCAGAGACACUUUGCGGAAUGGAGGCACGCCCAUGGAAUGCGCUGUCUUGGAAUCCCCAACACUGCUCACUUUGCCAACGUCACACAGAUCGAGGAUGCCGUCUCUCUGUGGGCAAAACUGAAGUCCCAGAAGGCUUCAGAGCGCUGGCAGCCAGACACAGAGGAAGAGUACGAGGAUUCGAGUGGAAAUGUGGUCAAUAAGAAGACUUACGAGGAUCUGAAGAGACAAGGCUUGUUGUAGAUUGAAGAUCACAUUUUCAGUAUUUUGUCACUCAUUUCUAUGUUUCUUCUUAUUUGUAAGUAGUGAUGUUUGACACACUGUGUCCUUCCUUCUGUUCCUUGCUUUGAUAAUGUUGAAAUGUGGUAACCAUUGAUCAUUAUAAUAAACUCAAACAUAUUAACACAGUCACAUAUGUGUUUCCGUUUGCUGUGCGGGCAAAACGGUUUAUUAGGAGCAUUGUUCAGACUUUACAGUGGCUGUGCAGAAACAGACCUCUGACUGCUUGAUUUACUGGUGGCAUUGACUUGUAGCCAUGUUUUAACUUGUACUGUCUGAAAGUGGAUUUAAACACUUGAGCGAUACAUUAAAACGUUGAUAGUUGUAUCUACUUUCAUCACAAGGAAGCUUGCCUGG